CCAUCUCUCAGCCACGAUCUGCUUGUUUCUAUCCAACUCUCUGGCUCUUCCCUUCGAUCUCUCUCUAGCGUCCGUGAAGCUUCGUCAAUGGCGGGUAGGGGAAAAACCUUGGGAUCUGGAGCCGCCAAGAAGGCCACCUCCCGGAGUAGCAAGGCCGGUCUGCAAUUCCCCGUCGGGCGUAUCGCGAGGUUCUUGAAGGCCGGCAAGUACGCCGAGCGUGUCGGCGCCGGAGCUCCGGUCUACCUCGCCGCUGUCCUCGAAUACCUUGCCGCUGAGGUUCUUGAGCUGGCCGGAAAUGCCGCAAGAGACAACAAGAAGACAAGAAUCGUUCCGCGCCACAUCCAGCUCGCGGUGCGAAACGACGAGGAGCUCAGCAAGCUUCUCGGUGACGUCACGAUCGCUAAUGGUGGUGUGAUGCCCAACAUCCACAACCUCCUCCUCCCUAAGAAGACCGGCGCUUCCUCCAAGGCCGCAGGCGGCGAUGAUGAUUCUUAAGCAAUUCAAGAAGUUGUAGAAGAAGAUGAAAGCCCUAAUUUCUCACACAAUGUUCCUUCUGCUUCCACUAUCCAUCAAUGGGUCAGAUCCUUCUGCUUCCACUGUCCAUCAAUGGAUCGGACUUCAAAUCUUAUUAAUCUUUUAGGGCUUUUUCUCUUUUCUUUUUACCUAGUUUAGCGUCUUUCUGUUUGUAUGAUUCUAUUUGGAUUAGGAUAUUAGCUAGGGGUUCAGUUUAGGGAUUGUGAAUACGAUUAUCUUUUGUUAAUCCAAAGAUUUUUAUUUUUUGCUUAUUCGUUUUAUUUUCCAUCUUUUGUGACUUUCUGUUUUCAUUUUUAAUGUGGGGUUUAGAUAGUAAAUGAGAAUGCUGAAACAUUUGAUGACCAUUUGUCCU